CCUGCUCCCUCGCCGGUCUACUAAUCACCCUUCCUGGCAACCACACCUGGACUUCAUCACCACCCUGAUUACUCUCCCUUCAUAUAGCCCUCACCACCCUCAGUCAUCAGGCAGUACUGGUUCUGUUUUUCAUGUCCAGACACUUCUCUUGUUUUGUAACUUGCCAUGCUUGUUAUUAUUAAACUCAUCAUCUGCACCUGCUUCCUGUGUCUUCGUGACAGAAUACUGCCUCAAAAAUACUGGAAGCAGCAGAUGAUUUCACCAUCUUCCAGACGGUCGAAGAACAGUGUCAUCGACUGCAGCAACACCACGCCCAGCUGGCUCUACUGGGUACAACCAUGAAGGAGGUCCUCUGCGUUCUCCACUGCCUUGACACCACCAGCGAGGUUCUCCAUACCUCUGACAGAGGGCCUCCUACAAUGGGUCGUCACAGUGAGCCAGUCCCCCAGCCUACCCAGCCAUCCACCUAGGUCAGCGAUGCCCAACUGUCCUUUCCGGAGAAGAUUGAUGGCACUCCAUUGAAAUGCUGUGGCUUCCUACUCCAGUGCUCCCUCUAUUUUGCCUAUCAGAUGGGAGCCCCCACCACCAAGAGGGCCAAGGUUGCCACAGUCAUUUCCUUGCUGACCAGAUUGGCAUUGGAGUGGGCUAAUGCCAUCUGGGAGAGAGGAGAGGAGGAACUCUCCUAUGAGAGGUUCAGGGCGGUCUUUGACCAUACUUCAGAGAGGGGAGGUGAGCAACUUUUCCAACUCCAGCAGGGUGCCCAGACCACUGCGGAGUACUCCCUCACCUUUCGGACUGUGGCAGCCUCCAGAGGAUGGAAUGAGCCGGUGCUCCGCACUCUAUUCCGCAGUGGACUGCACGAAGAGGUCCAAACAGAGUUGGCAUGUCGAGAUGACAACAUAUCCUUGGAUGCUCUCAUCGCAAUGGCCAUCCGUCUGGAUAACCUUCUUCGGAGUGUUGGUGUCCACCUCGCCACUUACCUCCCUGCUUUGGCUGUCCUGAUGCAGAGCCUGAACCCAUGGAGGUAGGGGCCACACACCUCUCCACGGCAGAGCGGCAUUGCCGGAAGAGGCACCAGCUUCAGUGGUGUCCGGUGCAUCCUAACCCAGGUUCCACAAGAGCAGAGCUGUGUAGGCGUGAGUCUUCCAUUAUCGUUAACACCAAACCCUUUCUGGUUCCCAUUUCACUGGCAGGCUGUCCCUCAGGUGUUGUCUCUACAGCUCUAGUGGACUCCGGUGACGCAGGGAACUUUAUCAACCAGGCCCUUGCCUCCUCCCUGAAGUUAACCUCAUACCCUCUCUCCUCUUCUUUUCCUGUCCAAGCCCUGGAUAUGCGACCAUUGGGAUCCGGCACAAUUACUCAGGUCACAGCACCACUCACCCUCACGUGGGACCCAAGCACCAGGAAAGCCUUCCCUUCUUCAUCACCGUACCCACACACAAAGUCACCCUUGGCCUCCCGUGGCUCGAACUCCAUAACCUCAAGGUCUCUUGGUCAAAGAUGAGAAUCUCCGAAUGGGGACCAGGAUCCCGGAAGACCUUCUUUCCUGCACCCUGUGAUUCCACGUUAGUGGAGGGUCCUGUGAGUGUCCUCCAGCCCAUCAAGCGGUCCUCCACUGCAGUGAGGCUCCCGUGUUCCAUCCUGGUGAUCCCGUCUGGCUCUCCACCAGGAAUCUUCCGCUCCUUCUGCCCUGCCGGAAGUUGAGCCUCCGAUUUGUGGGGCCUUCAAGGUCCUCCGGAGGGUCAAUGAGCUAACCUAUCGGAUAGAACUCCCUGUCAACUACCGGAUCUCACCCUCCUCACUCUCAUGUUUCCCUCCUCAGGCCGGUGGUUUCUAGUCCCCUGGCUGAUGCCACCCCCCCCACCCGGGACAUCGAGGGGACCCCUACCUAUGCUGUUUGGCUUCCGUCUGGCCACUCUACUAUAAAGGCCUGAUUGGUGGAGUGCUGCAGAGAUGGUUGACCUUCUGGAAGGUUCUCCCAUCUACACAGAGGAACUCUGAAGCUCCCCCCGAUUUCUCAGUUUGGCUGGGCGGCCAGCUCUAGGAAGAGUUUUGGUGGUUCCCAACUUCUUCUAUUUAAGAAUGAUGGAGGCCACUGUGUUCUUGGGGAACUUCAAUGCUCCCCAGACCUGUGCUUCGACACAAUCCUGUCUCGGAGCUCUACGGACAAUUCCUUUGACCUCAUGACAUGGUUUUUGGAUCUGACAUGCUCUGUCAACUGUGGGACCUUAUAUAGACAGGUGUGUGCCUUUCCAAAUCUUGUCCAAUCAAUUGAAUUUACCACCGGUGGACUCCAAGUUGUAGAAACAUCUCAAGGAUGAUCAAUGGAAACAGGAUGCACCUGAGCUCAAUUUCAAGUCUAAUAGCAAAGGGUCUGAAUACUUAUGUAAAUAAGGUAUUUCUAUUUUUUUAUUUGUAAUAAAUUUGCAAACAUUUAUUAACCUGUUUUUGCUUUGUCAUUAUGGGGUAUUGUUGUACAUUGAUGAUUAAAAAUGUGUAUUUAAUACAUUUUACAAUAAGGAUGUAACAUAACUACAUUUGGAAAAAGGGAAGGGAGCUGAAUGCACUGUAUUUCCUAUUUAACAAAACUGUAUGAAUAUACAUUUAGAUUUUUUUUCUAAAUAAAGUAUAAUCAAUUUAUAAAAUGACUAACUAUAAGAUUUCACUUUCCUUAUAACUGUAGAAUAUGUAUUUGUAUAUUUAGUGUUAGAGAACAUGUCUGUAAAUCGAUAUCUGAAUGUGCUACAGCGUUAUGCUGCGUUAUGAUGUAAUGAUUCCAGGCAUAUGCGUUGUUAGUGGCUGUGAUGUAGGGUUCAGCCAGGAGUUGAUGGACGGUCGGGAGAGCGAAUGAAAUGGAAGGAGUGACAUCCCAGCUUCAAGUGGUGUCAGAUUUCCCAUCCUGCUUCACACAGGCAAAAGAUACAGCAUACUCCAACGACCCAUUACUCAAGACAACGACGUUCUACCUGAAGAGCGGUCUAAAUCUCGGCGUAAAACGAAUUAACCCAAAAUAAAUCUACAGGAAAAAAAAGUGAUUUAUGAACAAAAGCACAAACAACGGAUUAACAUUUGUUAAGUUGCUCCAGUAAUCCAUAGUAAUCAAACUAAAGAAAGCUCAUUCUAAAAAGGUGGGCUGUCAACAUCCAGCCCCAAUCAUGGAUUGGAAGACCUUCCAAGCCCUCCUGAGUGGGGUGAAUAAGUACUCCACUGCUUUCGGCCGUAUCUGGCUCUCUGUGGUGUUUGUGUUCAGGGUAAUGGUGUACGUGGUGGCGGCAGAACGCGUGUGGGGCGAUGAGCAGAAGGACUUUGACUGCAACACCAAGCAGCCCGGCUGUGCUAACGUCUGCUACGACCACUACUUCCCCAUCUCGCACAUCCGCCUGUGGGCCCUGCAGCUCAUCUUCGUCACCUGCCCCUCCUUGAUGGUGGUGAUGCAUGUGGCGUAUCGCGAUGAACGUGAGCGGAAGUACCAUGCCAAGCAUGGCAACAAGGCCAAGCUGUACGAGAACACAGGCAAAAAGCACGGCGGCCUCUGGUGGACCUACCUGCUCAGCCUCUUCGUCAAGACAGGCAUCGAGAUCUCCUUCCUCUACAUCCUCCACAAAAUCUAUGACAGCUUCUACCUGCCCAGGCUGGUCAAGUGUGAGGUCAGCCCAUGCCCCAAUCAGGUGGACUGCUACAUCGGCCACCCCACAGAGAAGAAGGUCUUCACCUACUUCAUGGUGGGCGCCUCGGCCCUCUGCAUCGUGCUCAACGUCUGUGAGAUCAUCUACCUCAUCUCCAAGGGCAUCGCUCGCAAAGCACAAAAGAUGAAGAGAAGAGAGCGCACCUUGGCCUUGCAUGAACGGUACAACAAGGAGAAUUCCUGCAGCGACUGCAGCACUCUACCUAUGUCUCGGCUGGAGAAACAAUCCUUAAAUCCCCAGUUUCCAGGCCACCUACAAGCCACCUUACCGGCUCAUAUGCAUGUUUCUGCCCCUAACCUGUCCUAGAGUGGAUGUCCACUCUAUCCCAAGACUGAACCAAACAUGAAGGCCUAUGGAGCCAGGCCUCACCUUAUUGGUCAAGCCUGUAUGAGAGACAGACUUUUCUCAAAGUCUCUACUGCCCUAGCUUUUACUGCCCUAUACUGCCAUGGAGCAAGGCUUUGUAUUGAUGUACAUGACCCUGGGGCUAGACAAGCCUGUCGUGAGCCACAUUCCAUUUUAUACAACUAAACUCUUACUGCCAGACUGAAUAACGAACCAUUCCAACCCAUUUCCCUUUACUAUCAACGUUUCCCUUUCAAUGCAACAUAGUGAAACAACAUGAACUAUGCAAGAGUUAGCAUGCAAAACUACUGUCUCUAUGCAAUACAUUUUUUGUAGGAAAAACGCAUCGGAGUAGGAUUCUAUUGCAUUGACACGCAUGACUCAGACCGUACUCUACACAGACCGGUGUGAAAUAACCAAUCAGAGCUGCAGUAGGCCUAUUUAAGAAAUUAGGCCUGCGGGGGUGUGGUUUAUGGCCAAUAUACAUCGUGCAUAAGAAGGGCUGUUCUCUGCACGACGCAAUGUGGAGUGCCUGGACACAGUCCUUAGCCGUGAUAUAUUUGCCAUAUACCACAAACCUCCGAAGUGCCUUAUUGCUAUUAUAAACUGGUUACCAAUGUAAUUAGAACAGUCUGAUAUACCACAGCUUUCAGCUAGUCAGCAUUCAGAGCUCGAACCACCCAGUUUAUAAAUGCAAAUUGAUCAUUGCCAUGUAUGGAUCUGUGCCAUUCGCUUUGAACUUGACUGUGUUUACAGCAUGAGCGGUCGUGAGUAGAUGCGCUUUUUUAUUUAUCAAAGCGAGAGCUGCUUGUAGCCACAUGUGCACAUUUUGUUCAUAUCCUUUGCUAGUUAGUGAGUUAUUAGCCCAGUUAUAAAUCAUUUGUAGUCAGCAAUGGGGGAGUGAUUGCUUCAUACAAGAGCACAAAACGUGUACAUUUCUUUGAAAAUAUGAAUAGAGUAUGAGCUUUUUUUUGUUGUCUUAAAGGGGCAGUGUUGUAUUUUGAGACAGGUUUGACUAAGCUAAGUAGCCAAUAGGCAGCAGAGGGUAACAUCAUUUUUCUGAUUCUCUGAAAUAAUGUUAUGGGAAUAAUACUGCAUGUUAUUUUGUAAAGUGGUUUCUUACAUCAAACAAUACAAUAACCUUUUCAGUCACCUCAUUGUCUGAAGGACAAGGUAAUGUUAAACCCUGCAUGUUUUCUUUUAAAUCUCAUGGAAUGUAGGGCUACAUUGAAGAUCACACAUUGGCUGCUACUGUAGGGUGAAUGAUAGAACAGCUAUUUCAAUGUUAAAAUGUUAUGAGACACACUUUCUCCAUUGUUUUUGAUGGUAGGCCUACAUUAUGAUCAAAUAGCCACAGUAGCCUUCUUGACCACCGUCUGAACCUGUAACUUAAAGUGGGUACAGCCUCAACGUUCACAUUAAACACGCGCUGGAAGUUGCACAGAAUUUUCACAACGGUCAAGUUUGCGCUCAGCAGACAUGAAAUUUGCUCUGUGCCAAAAGGUAUUUGAGGGAACAGGUGGGAGGGCGAAGAGUGAAAUGCUCAUAGGGAACUAUUUUGUCAGAGUGACAAGCAUGUAUUCAAGACACACCUGGCGGAGGUAUUCACCCACAUCACCAAUACUUUGGAGGUGUGCUAAGGCGCUCUAGAAACAGAGACUACUAGAAAGAAAAUGCAUUUCAGAGAUUUGCUUAUUAAUUACUGAAAUGUGUCGUUUCUUGCCUCAAAGACAUUUGUAUACUCUCUGUUUUAUGACUUCAAUAUGAGACAACAGAAUGAUAACAAAUAUCUUUGCUUUGACAGUGUUGGUGCAAGAUUAGUCUAAACUGGACAGUGGCUUACCACUACAUGGCGAUGGUGCACCAACAUAAUUAAUCAUUUAUUUUAUUUUAUUUAAAGCAUGCAUUCUAAUAGAAGCUCCUCUAUCAUUUAAUCACUUUUUAAAAUUGUUUUACUCUAUUACAUGACUACAUCUGCAUGGUUCCUCUCAUAUUUAUGUUGUAAUGCCACAACAGAUUGUCUGUGUUUGUACAUGUUUGUACACAAAUGUUCCUCAUCCAAAGCCUAUGUUGAUUCAAAUGAGAGACAAGGAAUGCUGCUGUUUAAUUUAUCAAGUCCACGUAUCCAAGUAAAUGCUGGAAAGCUGGAGCACAAAAUCUGACUACAGAGAAAAGUGGAUAAAACAAUGUUUCUCAGUGAACAAUGGUGUGGACACCUGAUAGCCUCACAUUGUCAGGAAUAGAACCUUCACAAUCAGCUUCAAACUUCUGUUUUGUACAUUAUUUUUUAUAAAUAAAAUAUGAACAUUUAUUUUA